AUGUCGCACUCAGUAUCACCCGAGCCGGCGACAUCGCUGAAUCAGACUCAACUUGAGAGCAAGCCUCAUACUGUCCAAGUCAACUCCGACCCGGACCCCACGGACGAUGCCGUCUUCAAAAUUGACCAAGAUGCUGCCAUUGGGUCUGCCCCGACCACCGAUACCAUGGCCGUGGCCGUCGACGACGCCCUAGAACGCCGCAUCCGCCUCAGGGUCGACCUCCGCCUCUGCACCAUCGCCGGCAUCCUCUGCAGCCUCAACCUGCUCGACAGCGGCGUCCUCUCCAGCGCGGCCGUCACCUCGAUGCUGUCGGACCUCGGCCUCGACCAGGGCAACCGCUUCUCCGUCUCCAUCUUCAUCUUCACCAUCUCCAGCAUCGUCUUCCAGCUGCCCUCCACCAUCGCCGUGCGCAUCCUCGGCCCCCGCCUCCACUUCACCCUCAUCACCCUGGCCUUCGGCAUCAUCACCCUCUGCACCGGCUUCGUCCGCACCUGGCAGCAGAUGAUUGUGCUGCGCAUCCUGCUGGGCGCCGCCAUGGCCGGCGUCUUCCCGGGCCUGUCGUACCUCAUCAGCACGUGGUAUCCGCGGCGCGAGCAGCAGCUGCGGUUUGCUUUCAUGCAGAGCGGCGAGGUCAUCAUCCUGGCCACCGGCAGCCUGGUCAACUACGGCUUGAACGGCCUGGACGGGCGCAGGGGCCUGGAGGGCUGGCGCUGGAUGUUUGUCGUGCAGGGGCUCUGCACUUGCGUCAUCGGCCUGGUCACGUACUGGUGGAUGGUCGAUUUCCCGGAGAAUUCGCACAAUAGCUUCCGGUUUCUGACGGCUGAGGAGGCGGGCAUCGUCUCGAAGCGGAUCCAGACCGAUCGCGGCGAUCUGGUUGCCCAGGACUUCGCCAUCGCCAAGGUACUCGUCCACGCGAAGGACCCCAAGAUCUGGGCCUUUGCUUCGCUGUUCUUUAUUCAGAAUUUGGUUUCGACCAGUUUAGCGUACUUUGUGCCCAUCAUCCUGGAGAAUGGGCUGGGGUAUUCACCCGACACAUCGAUCAUUUUGAGCGCGCCGCCGUAUUAUUACGCUGUGGUUCCUGUCUUGAUCUCGUCGUACUUCGCCGACCGGUUCCGCAUCCGGGGCCCCGUCAUUGCUUUCAACGCGCUAUGCCUCAUUACCGGCUUUGCCGUGUUAGGGUUUGCUCAAAACUCAGGGGCUCGUUAUUUUGGCGUUUUUCUUGCGACGGGGGCGUAUGUUGGGAACUGGGCUGCCUUGACCGCGUAUCAGGCGAACAACGUUGUCGGUGCCUUCAAUGGUGCUGGCGGAAUCGCGGGGAGUUUUAUUGUGCGAAACUUUGAGGCGCCGUUUUAUACUACCGCCGUGUGGGUGUCUAUUGGGUAUGACCGUAUCUUCCUCGAGUGCCAUGUACCGCUACUAAUGGUGCCUAGUUCGCAUAUCCUCAUGAUUUCGGUUGUUGCUGUGCUUUCUGUGCACUUCUACCUUGCCAACAAGUCUCAGAGCAAGCGGUCUGGCGUUUUGGAGAACACGGAAGGAUUCCGGUUUACGUACUAA